AUGACUGAUCAGCCUCCACAAGAUCAGCCAUUCCAGUGUCAGUACUGCCAGAGGCGUUUCAAGAGGCUAGAACAUCUUCAGCGCCACGAGAGGACGCACACGAAAGAAGCGCCAUACCAGUGUCCGUGCGGGAAAGCCUUUCCACGUGGCGAUCUGCUGCGGAGACACGAGAGAAGUGCUCAUAAUGUGGACACGACGAGAAGACGGACUUCGAUAUACAGCUAUGGAAAGACUAGCCCGGAGAAGGAGAGGCCUCGAAAACCUUCAAACGUCGACUGGGUUCAGAGUACGACACCUCCUCUGGAUGACGCCGGAAUAAAGAACAAUACCUUCAGUUCACUCGCCAAUGUAUCUAUGUCACAAAGUAACGGCGGGAGCGCUGCGACUGUUCAAACUGAAGAUGGCGACGCCAAACAUCCAAAUCCUGGACUUUACACCAAUGAUAGUGUAUCUAUUCCAUAUCUCCAUGGCGAUGCCUCGAACGGAGCGACUGGGACGUUUGAUGAGCAGACGAAUAUGGACUGGAUGGCCUUCGGAGAACCGAUGAAUGACCCUUUCGAUCUCUUCGGCGAAGGAGAUGCUUUCCUCGAGAACGUGGACUUCUCUUCACUCUUCCUACCUGCAGGCUUCGGUCUGGACCAGAACCCUCCUAUGGAUCCAACGCUCGCAUCGAAUGCCGACUACCAGGGCAAUAUAGCAACGCAAGGACCCAUUGCCAGAGAGCAUGAACUGGCAGAACCUCAUGUCGAGCAGAAUUCCAUUUCAAGGUUUGGAUCCCCUUUGCCCUCCAUAAGACCAGAACCAAAGCCUGGCUCGAAGCUGGCAACUUACCGAGACGUCACUUCUACUCGGCCAGCGCCAUGUUGGAAGAUCUCGGUGUCGGACUAUUCGGCUCUCGAAGCAAGUUUGGCAGCACUGCUACCUGCCCUUCCGCACGACUUUGCCCUACCAUCCCGCCACACAGCUUCGAGAUAUCUAGAAGGGUGCGUGCGAGGUACCUACGAACACAUGCCGAUCUUGCACGUACCGUCGUGGUCGGUCAGAACAGCAGCACCUGACCUCACCUUGAGUAUGCUGGCUGUUGGCGCGGUGUUCAAGCUGGAAGGGGCGAAGGCGAAGACGCUUUUCUACGCAGCAAAAGCUGCGAUCCUUCAUCAGCUCCGGAGACGAGAUUCAAAAGCUGUCUCCAGCUUGAUUGGCCUCGAGACGCCACGGACGAGUAACGGUGAUUUCUCAGAUGCGACAAGCCAGCAUACUUCGCUCGGAUCGAUCGAUGAUCAGCAUUCAAUCGCUGGCGAUCGCCUUCAGUCGAUGCAGGCUAUUCUAAACUUGAUGGUGCUCGGUAGCUGGGGCCCGCGAGAGCUCAUCGGCGAAGCAAUCACUUUCCAGAGUCUGCUCGCGGAACUUGUCCGAGCAGACGGCGUAGGACCUGAGAGCGAACCUACAUGGAGUCCUACUCUAAGCGGAGACAAGCAAGAUGCAUGGCAGAACUGGAUCCGUACGGAGAGCCUUCGACGUACAAAGCUCUUCGCAUACACCUUUGUCAAUCUGCAGAGUGUGGCGUUCAAUGUCGCACCCUGUAUGCUGACUUCCGAGAUGCAAAUCAACACCCCGGCCGGACAAGACGAGUGGAACGCCAAAAGCGCCGAGUCGUGGGCGGGUGCUGCCCAAGCAUCGAAGAUAGUCUCUACCCCCUUCAUGUUUGCUUUCCGCUCGCUGUUCCAACCUGACUCUACCGCACCAUCGCCGCCGAGUUCAGCAUUGGCCAACUACGCUCUAAUCUUUGCAUUACUGCAAUGCAUCUUCUUGCUACGGGAAGGUCGUGCUACGCUACCAUGUGUAACGACGGCGGACAGCUUACGACCUGAUGACGUUGACUCGAUCAGCAAUGCUUUGCAGCGGUGGCAAGCUAGAUGGGAGAACUGUCCGGAGAGUACCAUUGACCCUGUUUCGGCGAGCGGACCUGUGGCAUUUAACUCCACCGCCCUCCUUCGACUAGCUUGGAUCCGGCUCCACGCUGAUCUUGGACCAUGUCGCAGUCUUGCCAGUGGGGACUCAAAUCUGAUCGUGGAAGCUUUCAAGAGCUGUCCGCCGCUUCGCAGACACCCUGGACUAGCCGUUCCGAUCGUACAAGCAGGACACGCCCUCUCCAUCCCAGUCCGUCUCGGCAUAGCCUACGUCUCCAAGACCCAAACAUUAUCUUGGAGUGUCCAGCACUCUCUCUGCAACCUCGAAUGCGCCAUCUUUGUCUCUAAGUGGUUCGACACUGUCGCCACCACCCUCUCUACUACUCCUUUGACAGCGCAAGAGGUUGGGCUCAUCUACAUGUUCCGAAGCAUCGUCCAAGAGACUGGGUUCUUCAAGGACGAAGCAUUCGAGUCUCCGAACGACGAGCAGGGCUGGCGGACUCUGAUUAGACAUCUUGGGACGGCGACUGCGACGCUUUGGGCGGAGAUCUUCAGUGGGACGCAUGUAUUUGAUUUCGUCUCGACGAUUGGGGUGAGCUUGAGGAAGUAUACGAAGCAACUUGAGGAUGCCCAUACGCCUAUUACUGCUGAUUGUGUUUGA